UAAUUGAAGUGUUUUACAAUGAAUUUAUCAUUAAGGGGUUGUUCCACCAACUGGAAGGAGUUGUUCCAGCAACCCCUACGGCAGUUGCCAAAGGGUAGGAAUAAAACCACUUUUUUAUAAUCUACUCAUGGAACAGGUAAGGAAAAUGUACAAGAAUUGGUUUAUUCCGAACCGAUUCGUUUUCCAAUGAGGGAAAACAGACAGUUUAAUAAACAUUUUAUCAGUCAUCAUUGUGACACCGAAAUAGAAAAAAUACUUUAUCCUUAUCUAUUUUCACACGCAAAUCUUAUAUGUUCUACUUAACGUAGUACCAGGAAAGCUUUCAUGGAGAGCAUAGUCAUGGUGGCAUCGUAGGAGUCAAAGGACACAAAAAAACCGUUUUGUAGAUUUUUCUCGGUUGCAGCCUCAACUGUAAACCAAUACUUAUGAUAUCGUGGCCAAAAGUACGAUUCGAUUUUUCUCGUAAGGAUACGUCGGUUCUUAAUGUGGGGGAACUUGAAUAACAUUGUAAGGAGUAGGAGAGCCAGCAUAAAUGGGAGGCAUAAGUUCGUGUGCUUCCAUUCAUCCUUCUCUGAAAAUUCAUAAUCCAAUUCCCAGAAUUCUCUCUGAGCACUAAAGGGGUCAUUCUGAUACAAUAAACCUUACUGGUCCCUCAAUCCCAAUCUUUACUCGUUCCCCUUAUACAUUCAAAUUUUUGAUUCGACUGUUGGUAUCCAAAAAUCUAAAAGCGUAAAGAGCAAAGCCUUUAUAACUUAGUGUCUAUUAAAAGCCGCACACAAUAUAAAUUUUAGGUGUUGUUGCACUGUUAGCAAAUCUGAUGAUCUAAUUUUUAUAGUCGCGUGGACGACAUUCAAUAUAUGCUUACCCAUUCUAAUUACAACAAGGUUUCACAAUCAAUGGGUAUGAUGUCUCACUUGCUUUUCAUUAUUAUAUGCAGUUACCGCUCUGAGAUGAUUGCAUUAUUUCACAUUUUGUUUUUAACAUUAAGCUUAACCCAUUGCCAAAUUUUUCAUUUACCAAGCAGCACAGAAUUGAACAAAUUGUGGCACGAUUUCAAAAGAUCAUUUAAUAAAACGUACGUCGGUUAUCAUGAAGAAAGACGAAGACAAGCUUGGGAGGAAAACCUACAACGUAUUGUCGAGCAUAAUAAGGACGCCCAUAAAGGAAAACACAGCUAUUUCAUUAACAUUAACGAUUUAAGUGAUUUGAAUACAAGAACCUAUCUCCAAAAAAUGGUUAAAUUAACACAAAGUACAAGGAGAAAACUGGAAAACCCGGAGGUGGUGGGUGACUUUUACGAAAUGGCCCAUCAUAUACCCGAUGAAUUUGAUUGGAGAAAAGCAGGAUUUAAGACACCGAUUUACAAUCAAAAGGACUGCGGGUCAUGUUACGCAUUCAGCGUUGCAUUGGCAUUGCAGGCACAAAUUUUUAAGCAAACGAAUCAAUUGGUUCCCUUAAGUGCACAACAGCUAGUUGAUUGCAGCGUAUCAGCUGGCAACUAUGGUUGUGGAGGAGGAUCUUUGCGCAAUACUUUAAGAUACCUAGAUCAGUCAGGAGGCCUUAUGACUUAUAAGGACUAUCCGUAUAUUGCGAAGCAAACCAGGUGCCACUUUGAUCAACACAGAGCAAUAGUAAAUUUGAGUUCGUGGGCAAUUCUUCCAGCUAGAAAUGAAAGGGCCAUGGAAAUCGCUAUAUACAAGAUUGGACCGAUUGCGGCAUCAAUCAAUGCAAGUCCUCAUACGUUUCAAUUGUACCAUUCUGGGGUUUAUGACGAUCCGUUUUGCUCUCCCAAUACUGUUAACCAUGCGAUGCUAGUGGUUGGUUAUACUAAAGAUGCUUGGAUUUUGAAAAAUUGGUGGGGCAAUCGAUGGGGGGAGGACGGGUAUAUGAGACUGCGGAGAGGAGCUAAUCGUUGUGGUAUCGCAAAUUUUGUGGCGUACGGUGUUGUAUAGAGACCAAUACAGGCAAUCUGGAGUAAAAGAGAACGAUUUUUUCCAAUUAUUUCAGUUUGUAC